GCGCGCGCGCGCGCGUGUGCAUGUUGUUAUUAUUAUCCUGCCUGCCUGCUCUCCGCUGCGCUCGGAAUGGCCAGAUUCACCCAGACUGAAGCGAGAAGGCAGCAGCACCCACCGCAGCCGCCGCAGCCUGCCCACGCUAGCGUGAUCCUCAGCGGACCGGGGGCAGUACCGAGCCAGCCGCCACUGCUUGUCCUCCCGCAGCAGCCCCAGUACGCCCAGAUCAGCUUCCCCAAACCCAUGAACGGGUCAGAAUCCAUUUCCAUACGCCCCGACAACGGCACCAUGAAAGACCAGGAUGCCAUAAAGCUUUUUAUAGGACAGAUACCGCGGAACCUCGAGGAGAAGGACCUCAAACCCCUGUUUGAACAGUUUGGGAAAAUCCACGAAUUGACAGUUCUCAAGGACCGUUACACCGGCAUGCACAAAGGCUGUGCCUUCCUCACCUACUGCGCCCGUGAUUCAGCCAUCAAAGCCCAGAAUGCACUGCAUGAACAGAAAACUCUGCCAGGGAUGACACGGCCGAUUCAGGUUAAACCAGCUGACAGUGAAAGUCGUGGAGAGGACAGGAAGCUCUUCGUGGGCAUGCUGAACAAACAGCAGACAGAGGAGGAUGUGUACCGACUUUUCGAGCCCUAUGGCGUCAUCGAAGAGUGUACCGUAUUAAGGGGUCCUGACGGAAACAGCAAAGGCUGUGCCUUUGUUAAGUUCUCAACACACACCGAGGCUCAGUCAGCAAUCAGCGGCCUACAUGGGAGUCAGACCAUGCCAGGGGCAUCCUCCAGCCUGGUGGUAAAGUUUGCAGACACUGAUAAGGAGAGGACUAUCCGCCGCAUGCAGCAGAUGGUGGGCCAGUUUGGCAUCUUCAACCCUGCUGUGGCCCUGCCGUUCAGCACAUACAGCACCUACAGCACCUACACACACGCCCUCAUGCAGCAGCAGGCAGCCAUAAUGGCUGCCUCUCACGGUGGCUACCUGACCCCCAGCAUGGCCUUCCCUGCUACCCAGAUUCAUCACGUGGGGGCGCUAAACAUGAACGGCCUGCCCCCCACGCCCAUGACCCCCGUGUCAGGGCUGAGCUCUCCGCCCGCCAGCCUGGCAUCGUCGGCCGUGCCCAGCAUCGUGACGCCCAUUGUGAACGGCUUCGCUGGCAUCGCCCCUCAGCCCAACGGCCACCCGCUGGAGGCGGCGGUGUACACCAACGGCCUGCCAGCCUACUCCACCCAAAGCCCCACCGCCACAGAAACACUCCAACAGGCCUUCACUGGCGUACAGCAAUACACAGCCAUUUACCCCACCACCACACUGACCCCUAUAGGUCAGACAGUGCCACAGCCGCCUCAGGUGAUCCAACCGCAGCAACAACAGCAGAGAGAAGGUCCAGAGGGCUGUAACCUCUUCAUCUACCACUUGCCACAGGAGUUUGGUGAUAAUGAGCUGAUGCAGAUGUUUCUGCCAUUUGGCUCUGUCAUCUCCUCCAAAGUGUUUAUGGACAGAGCCACCAACCAGAGCAAGUGUUUCGGCUUCGUGAGUUUUGAUAACCCUGCCAGCGCUCAGGCUGCCAUCCAGGCCAUGAACGGCUUCCAGAUCGGCAUGAAACGGCUGAAGGUUCAACUCAAGCGGCCAAAAGAUGCCAGCCGCCCGUACUAACCGCCCACAGGGGGGCGCUCACACGCACCGCACACAGCCGACAGCACAGGUCUUGGACAGUUGCAGUCCGGACGGAUCUUAUCGGAUGGACACUGACACACAAACAAGAGGCGGAACGUGAAAAAUGACAAG